CGGCCGGGGCGGGGCACGGCAGCGGAGGCGGCGGGUGGCCGCUUCCCCAUUCGGGCGUGAGAGCCAUGGAGGCGCUAAGAGAGUCCGUGCUGCACUUGGCCUUGCAGAUGUCGACCUACAAGCGGGCUACACUGGACGAGGAGGACCUGGUGGACUCGCUCUCCGAGGGUGACGUGUACCCAAACCACCUGCAGGUGAACUUCCGAAGCCCCCGGAGUGGCCAGAGGUGCUGGGCCGCACGGACCCAGCUGGAGAAGCGGCUGGUGAUGCUGGUGGCACUUCUGGCGGCAGGAAUGGUGGCCUGCUUGGCAGCGCUAGGCAUCCAGUACCGGACAAGAAGCCGCUCGGUGUGCCUAAGUGACGCCUGCAUCUCGGUGACCAGCUCCAUCUUGAGCUCCAUGGACCCUGCGGUGGACCCCUGCCAGGACUUCUUCACCUAUGCCUGUGGCGGCUGGAUCAAAGCCAACCCCGUGCCCGACGGCCACUCGCGCUGGGGGACCUUCAGCAACCUCUGGGAACACAACCAAGCCAUCAUCAAGCACCUCCUCGAAAACUCCACGGCCAGUGUAAGUGAGGCAGAAAGGAAGGCCCAGGUAUACUACCGUGCAUGUAUGAACGAAAGCAGGAUUGAGGAGCUCAAGGCCAAACCCCUGAUGGAGCUGAUCGAGAAGCUCGGGGGCUGGAACAUCACGGGGCCCUGGGACAAGGACAACUUCCAGAGCACGCUGCAGGUGGUGACGUCCCACUACCGCACCUCGCCCUUCUUCUCAGUCUACGUCAGCGCUGACUCUAAGAACUCCAGCAGCAACGUGAUCCAGGUGGACCAGUCUGGCCUGGGCUUACCCUCGAGGGAUUAUUACCUGAACAAAACCGAGAAUGAGAAGGUGCUGACGGGAUACCUGAACUACAUGGUCCAGCUGGGAAAGCUGCUGGGCGGAGGGGACGAGGACACCAUCCGGCCCCAGAUGCAGCAGAUCCUGGACUUUGAGACAGCGCUGGCCAAUAUCACCAUCCCGCAGGAGAAGCGCCGGGACGAGGAGCUCCUGUACCACAAAGUGACAGCAGCCGAACUGCAGGCCUUGGCGCCCGCCAUCAACUGGCUGCCCUUCCUCAACACCAUCUUCUACCCCGUGGAGAUCAACGAAUCCGAGCCUAUAGUCGUCUAUGACAAAGAGUACCUGAGCCAGGUCUCCACCCUCAUCAACAUCACAGACAAAUGCAUGCUGAACAACUACAUGAUCUGGAACCUGGUGCGGAAAACAAGCUCCUUCCUCGAUCAGCGCUUUCAGGACGCCGACGAGAAGUUCAUGGAAGUCAUGUACGGGACCAAGAAGACCUGUCUUCCUCGCUGGAAGUUUUGCGUGAGUGACACAGAGAACACCCUGGGCUUCGCCCUGGGCCCCAUGUUCGUCAAAGCGACCUUCGCCGAGGACAGCAAGAACAUAGCCAGCGAGAUAAUCCUGGAGAUCAAGAAGGCGUUUGAAGAGAGCCUGAGCACCCUGAAGUGGAUGGAUGAAGACACUCGGAAAUCAGCCAAGGAAAAGGCGGAUGCGAUCUACAACAUGAUAGGCUACCCCAACUUUAUCAUGGACCCCAAGGAGCUGGACAAAGUGUUCAGUGAUUACACCGCGGUUCCAGACCUCUACUUCGAGAACGCCAUGCGGUUUUUCAACUUCUCAUGGAGGGUCACUGCCGACCAGCUCCGGAAAGCACCCAACAGAGAUCAGUGGAGCAUGACGCCACCCAUGGUGAAUGCUUACUACUCGCCCACCAAGAAUGAGAUCGUGUUUCCGGCUGGAAUCCUGCAGGCACCGUUCUACACCCGCUCUUCACCCAAUGCCUUAAACUUUGGUGGCAUCGGUGUCGUCGUGGGCCACGAGCUGACUCAUGCUUUUGACGAUCAAGGACGGGAGUAUGACAAGGACGGGAACCUUCGGCCCUGGUGGAAGAACUCAUCCGUGGAGGCUUUCAAGCAGCAGACCGAGUGCAUGGUGGAGCAGUACAGCAACUACAGCGUGAACGGGGAGCCGGUGAAUGGCCGGCACACCCUCGGGGAGAACAUUGCUGAUAAUGGGGGCCUCAAGGCGGCCUAUCGGGCCUACCAGAACUGGGUGAAGAAAUAUGGGGCUGAGCAGGCGUUGCCCACCCUGGGCCUCACCAAUAACCAGCUCUUCUUCCUGGGGUUUGCACAGGUCUGGUGCUCCGUCCGCACACCCGAGAGCUCGCACGAAGGUCUCAUCACCGAUCCCCAUAGCCCGUCCCGCUUCCGGGUCAUCGGCUCCAUCUCCAACUCCAGGGAGUUCUCGGAACACUUCCGCUGCCCGCCCGGCUCACCCAUGAACCCUCGUCACAAGUGUGAAGUGUGGUGAGAGGGGUGGAGCGUCAAGAGCCAAGACGGAGGAAGCAGGGCAGGGGCUGAGGAC